AUGGCGGAAAUUUACAACACCGAUCGCUUUGCGGAACUCUAUUAUCCGUCUAACACGGCGGACUUGCUGCAGCUUGGCCUGGCGGCUAGAUUCAUCGCCAGUUUAUUGGAGGCCCACCAGAUCACGUAUGCGUUUAUUGGGGGGUGGGCGGUCUAUCUCAGGGGAGGCCGGCGCAGAACUCAGGAUAUUGAUAUCACUGUCGCCACGACGAUGGAUCAUUUGAAGCAUAUUCUCAUCGCACAGUCCCGAAUACAUUUUCCUCUGACCCAUGGCCGGACAUCUGUCCAGGUCUUCAUCGACACCGGGCGUAGUGUGGAUGGCGAGUUUCCACACGUGCCGGACUUGGCCGUGAGCAUGGACAUUGUGAUCAGUGGACAUCUGGGUACCCCCGAGGAUCUCCAAUCUUCCCGCGAGCCCAUCAAUCCGCGUAGGCCGACACCCCUGGGGUCUCCCGUCUUGGUACUGGGGCUGGUCUUUCAAAUAUAUGCCAAGCUGGAUGCAUUUUUCCACCGCGGGGAGCAGGGAAGCAAGGACUUUCUGGACCUGGAAUUCUUGUUCACACAGUACGCAGCAGAUAUCCCGACCUUUCGGGAAUACUACGAUCUGGAGCAACGCCGAUAUUUCUGGACUCAGUACGCGGAGGCAUAUGUGGCCUUCCCGGAUCAAGUUGAGAGCAUGAGAGCCUUGCUCGGCGUUUAA